CCCAUAGUCUAUAGUUGACUCACUGUUCAGUGCGAUAGAUAGCCCGAGUUUUUUGUUUUCUUGUACGCGAUCAGUUAAAACUUUAGAAAACAACGAAGGUCUACCGUGACGGCUCUCAGAUGCGGGCCUCAUAUUUUUUAGCAGUCCUCGGACUUCUCUUCGUACUGUCGCUGGCGAGUGCGAAGAACCACAAGCACAAAUCGCAGGACAAAUCCCGAGUGGUCUUCGACGAGAAACAAGAUGGCGAGCUUUUUCGUGGACACCACGGCAAGAAGCAUAAGCAUCCCCACAAAGGACACGGUAGAGGGCUUGAUGGACACAAGCCAGUGAAGGAGAGCAGGGACAGCGUUUACAAAGAAGAAUGGAAGAAAAUGACUAACUAUGACACAUCUGGGUCCAGUGCUGCUUGCAAGAGACUCAAGUGCAAGAAGCAUCAUGUAUGCCUGUUCAACAAGGACACCAAGCAGGUCAUGUGCGUGGCAAAGAGGGAUUUACGAAGGAUUUCCCGUAUGAGAGCUGUUCAACAUACCAAAUUGGAGGUGGAGAACAAGAUUGAAGACAUUCUUAAAGACAUAAGAAAACCAGAAAAUGAAGUGCAGGCAAAACAUAUGAGGAAGGUUUUUAAGGACAAGAAGGACCAUGUUCAGGUGGCAUUAGAUGUUGUGAAGUCAAAAGAUGCACCCAAUGUCCACAUUGAAACCCACAUGGAACAUUUGAAGCUCUCUCAUAACAAACAUGGCAAGCACAAGCACAUUAAGGAAGUGAUGGCUGGAAAAGAGAAGCCAGUUUUACUCGGCGAGUGCACCCCUAGGGAGAUGGAUGUGAUGGGAAAGAGAAUGUUGGACUGGUUUAAGGCCCAGCAAGACCAAGACUACAGAGACCAUCACCCAGACAGCGAGAAACACAAAGAGAAGGAAAAGAAGCACAAGAAAGGUGGAAAGAAACACAAGAAUGGAGGAAAGAGGCACAAGAGGAGUGUCAAGAAGGAAUUGGGUCAAGAAGGUGAUUGCACUUGCAUUGGUCCAGUGGGGUACGUGUUCCAGAAGAUGGACAAGGAUGAGGACACCUACUUGACCACAGCUGAACUGAAUGAUGUAGAGAACAAUGGCUAUGAACAUUGCAUGAAGCCAUUCCUGGAAAAAUGUGACACCAACAAGGACACUAAACUAUCUGACAAGGAAUGGUGUUGUUGUUUUGCUCAUGUGGUCCCACCUUGUUUUGAAGCACUGAAGAAAACUCCGGCCACUCUUCUAGGAGGACAACCACAGUUGAUGCCAGGUGGAUUUCUGCCACAGUGUGAUGAAGAUGGGUUUUUCAAGGCACAGCAGUGUCAUGGCAGUACUGGGGAGUGUUGGUGUGUGGACCAGCAUGGCAGAGAAAUAGGGAACACUCGCAAGAGGGGAGAGGCCAAAUGUGACUAA